AUGUCGGCAGAGCAGAAAGAUUCGGAGCUGAACGAGUUAAGAAAAACCAUCGAGUUCCUGAAGAAGCAGAACGCCGCAGCGCAAGCUGCUAUUAACGGUGUCAUCAACACCCCGGAGCUCAGCUGCAAAGGUAACGGGACGAUGCAGUCGGCUGACCUGCGCAUCAGACGGCAACACUCCUCUGACAGCGUCUCCAGCGUGAACAGCGCCACCAGCCACUCCAGCGUGGGAAGCAACGUGGACAGCGAUUCCAAGAAGAAGAAGAAUCGGAAGAACUGGCUGAGAAGCUCCUUCAAACAAGCCUUCGGUAAAAAGAAGUCCCCCAAGUCGGCGUCCUCUCACUCGGAUAUCGAGGAAAUGACGGACUCCUCCCUCCCUUCCUCGCCCAAGUUACCUCACAAUGGCUCCGUGAUGUCCCACUCCCGUCAUGCGGACCUCCCACUCCAAUUCCAUCCUUUCUGAGUGCGCAGACAAUGAAGCAGACAGCGUCUUACAACUGCGCAACGAGCUGCGCGACAAGGAGAUGAAACUGACCGACAUAAGGCUGGAGGCUCUGAGCUCGGCACAUCAGCUGGAUAUACUGCGGGAGGCCAUGAACAGAAUGCAGACCGAGAUUGAGAAGCUGAAAGCCGAAAACGAUCGUCUGAAGUCGGAGAACCAUGGGAAAUGCAGCAGAACGCCAUCCCAGAUCUCCAUCUCUUCCUCCCCAAGGCAAUCCAUGGGCUUCACACAGCCAGGGAUGACUAUGACUGAAUCCUCGAGCCUGG